GUUUUGCCCCGGCCUCACAUAGGGCUUGAGAUCUCACCAUCUUAGGACCUUCCUUCAAACCUUACCAGUUCACUUUUCAAAAUACACGAAAGAUGCAACGACCUAGCAGCGGCAGUCCAAGGACUCAAGAGCCAAUCGUCAAUCCACUGGCGCUGCAACACUCGCAAGAUCCGGCUGGCCCAUCACCAGCCAAUUCUGCCAAAUCUACUGCCGAGAAACCCGCCUCUGAUAGUACUCCACGACAAAUCACGCGCAAGGGCCGAGCUUGCCUAACAUGUAGGAAGCUCAAGGUGAAAUGUGGCGGCCCAGAGAGCGGCGAUGGGUUUGGAUGCCAGCGAUGUCAAAGACUAGGGCUUGACUGCAAAAUGGUCAAGAGGUUGAGAGUGACCAUGGAGGAUGAAGGACAAUCUGAUCCUUCCCUGGUGCGGCUGGACCGCUCCGUACGAGCAAUCCUUGCAAAGCUCGAAAUGCCGUCUCUCGAGACUUUCGGUCCAGGCGGAGAAAACGUCGCCCUCAACACGACCAAGACGACGCGGGAGAAUUCACGCGAGACCAGUCCAAAUCUAGAAUCCAGAUCGGCGCAAUACGACAUUGCCGGUGCGCCGAUGGAAGGGCUGUACGAAGCAACGCACCUCAGCGCCUUACGAUCUCGCACUGGUGGUCCGCCGACCGAACGACGGCUUCGCAAAAACAUUGAGUCCGACCUCAUCGCGCAAGGCAUAAUCUCCAUCGAAGAAGCGGAGAGGAUGUUGACAUUAUUCAAAACCACUCUAUCACGAUAUCUAUACAACGCUACUCUCUCCCCCGACCGCACACUGAACAGCAUUCGCUCUUCCUCGCCUCUCCUCUUCACAUCUAUUAUGGCCGUGUCAUCACUGCAUAUACCAGGCAUGGAGGACAUCUACCACAAAUGCCACCGGCAGCUCCGCGACCUCAUUGCAUCAAGUAUGUUCGACCGCUCGCACACUCUCGAAGACAUCCGUGCCCUGUGUAUCGCCGCCUUCUGGCUGCCCGACCUGUCCUGGAAACUCUCAGGCCACUGCGUCCGGAUGGCCACCGAACUAAAUCUCCACCAAGCCUUCUUCAAAGCGUUCCACUCCCCUACCCCACCCGACGACCGCGAAGCCACUCUCGAGCGUGCCAGGCUGUGGUACCUCCUGUACGUGCUAGACCACCACUUCAGCAUCGCGUACGGCCGACCGCCCGUGACCACCGAAAUGCAAGCAAUCCGCGAAACCGACCUAUUCCUCCAGACGAACGAAUGCACCAUGUCCGACCGGCGCGUGAUAUCGCAGGUGGCACUGUUCCGCAUCCUCAGUCGCGCCUACGAUGCCUUCGGCCUCGAAGCAGGCCGCGUGCUAGGCGACGACGACGAGACGCUCAUCAUCCACGCCCGCUUCCUCGAUGAUCUGGCUCGAUACCGCGAGCAUUUUCGCUCGUUACUCCCCCUAGACGAGUAUGUGGGCGGGUACUCGGUCAUCGGGCUGGAUCUGCACUACCACUUCAAAAGCAUGCUACUUAACUCGCUUGCCCUGCGUGGCCGGUCAAUGACCUCAAUAAGCUCGCUGCCACACCGUCUACGGCCCCUGGCAUUCCGCGCGAUUGAGUCUGCGCACCAGAUUCUCGAGAUCGUUCUGGGCGAGCCGGACCUGCGUCGCGCCCUGGCCGGAGUCCCGCUGUACUUGCACGCCAUGAUCGCCUUUGCCGUGGUGUUUCUGAUCAAAAUGUCCGCGAUUUGGGACUUGAUCGGCGUCACUGUCGACGCGCACGCCCGCACGAAGCCUCUGGUCGACGGCAUCAUCGCCGCCAUGCGCGAAUGUAAAGCCGGCGCCAACCACAUCCUUUACAAAAUGGCCACCGGGUUUGAAAGGCUGAUGGAACGGAAUGGCAGGCCCGAGCAUCAUCAGCAACAACAACAGGACCCUCUUAACGGCCCCCACGCCGGUCUCGCGGCUUUGGCGUCCGUCGCUAACGGACAACACCACAGGUCGUCGACGUCUAUGGAUUUUGUGUCUGAUAAUGCUCCGCAACCGCAACAACAGCAACAACAGCAUAUCAAUGGAAAUACAUUUGAUCCUGCGUACGGCAUGCCCUCGACGAUAGCGACCACUUCGUCAGAUUGGCAGCUUGAUGACGAUAUGCUUUGGAGUAUGGUCGGCACCGAGUACGACUUGUUAGCCAGUGCGCCGGACACGGAUGUGAAUUUCUAUGCGUUUCACCAUGUGACAUGAGCAAGAAACUGAUGAACUGGAUCGUCUCAUAUGUAUCUUAACAGCCAUGUUAUAAUCGCCCCUGCGGUGAAGUUACAGAGUAGAUUUCUUGGGAGUCAUAUAUCGCAGCUAUAGGUCAGCAGAUGUCAUGCCAGCUACCAUCUCGCUAUGUUUAGCGUACCAAGGGACAAUUUCAGACCCCAUUUCACUGAGCGUUUAGCUCAUGAUCACUCUGAUAUGCUUGCCUGUUCUCUCUGCCUCGUCCUCGACCAUCUCCUUCCCGGCAUGGGCAAAACCCCAGAUAUACACGAUCCCUGCCGUCCUCGGCAGCCCAUCUCUGCACAAUUCCCUAG